UCCUUUUGUUCAAAUUCGGGUGACCAGAACUCUCAGGUCGGGAGGUCUCAAAAGUGUCAUUUUCAUACUAAAAAAUACAGGCAAACUGGAUUAAUUUCGGAAGUCAUUCGGCAGCAAGUAAAACAACAAAACAAAAAGAAAACAAAUUUGCCGCCUCGCUUUUUCCAGCCGCAUUUUCCUUCGAAGAAAAGCAUGGCACCGCCGAAACCGAGAUUGCAUAAAACAACCGGAAAGUUGAAAUCGAUUCCUAGACCAACAGACAGUGGAGUGCCGCCUGCUGCAGCCCGACCGACCCCUCCAACGCCCGCGCCGGAUUCUGAACUUCCGGAUCCGGAUCAACAGUUUGAGCUAGAACUUUACUGGUGCAUCCAGCAGUUGGAAUCACAAUUGCCCAAUUUACAGGGAAACAGUAAAAAAUGGACCGAUACGAACAAGAUGAUCAACACACUAAAGAGCAGCAGUCAACCGAUCAUCCGGAAGCGUCAGAUCAUGCGGACCACCUUCGGCGACUACCGCAGUAAGAUGGCCACAGAACAGCAAACGAUGGCCGUCGUCGAGGAUAACGUGCGGUUCGAAGAGCGCAAGGAGAAGGUGAAGUACCACUUUGUAAAGAAGUCGGCCGUCCUUAGCGGUGAUAAGAACUUCCGGUUCAAUUUCCCGGCCGCCACAACGGGGGGCAAUGUUGCAGAAGAGGAGUCGAGUAAAGAGCAAAGUGCAAAUGCGGCCCCGAAUGAUGUAGUUAAAAUAGCGCCUUCGGAUAAUUCUUUUCGAUUCAACUUCUCCGUUGCCAGCACCUGAGAAGCGGAGGCGGUGUUUGCAAUAAAAACCCUUUUCUUUAAUCGA